AUGGAAAAAGAGAAAACCCAAAAUGAGAACCUUCCAGAAGAGAGCACCCAGAUUAAUGAUAACCAAUUGAACCUGGAUUCUCAAAUGCAGUCUAUAAAUACCAGCCUCAAUAAUAUCUCUGUCAUUAAAGGAGUUGAUGUUACUUUUGAUGCUGAUGAUAUCAAUCAAUCUAUUUUUGAGAAUAAUUUCUGUGUGAAUAAAAGUUUGGCUGAUAUCAAAGCAAAAUAUCCACACUUGCUGGUCCAAAAGAUAGACCAAGAUAAUAUUGAUGAAGCCAUCAGCAAAUGUAAAGAUAACAAAUAUUAUGACUUUUUGAGAAACUUCAAAUUCUUCCAUAUGAAUAAAUUUGAAAAAGAGGCUGUCAUGGUCAGUGAUUUAAAAUAAAGAACUAAAAAGAAUAUAUGUUAUCAGCAAUAUCAGAGCAAAUAAUCCUUACUUUGUAGAGAAAAAAAAUCAUAAAGCUUCUCCUAAGCAUAAAUAAACAAGGAUCGACAAAGUUUAAAGAUUCUUGAACAAUGAUAUACUUCGACGACAAUUAUCAAAUGAAAAGAAAAAUUCCUAAUAAUUCAUCAUUCAAAAGAGAUACUGAGAUUUUCAAAUAAACAAAGUCAAAAAGUGUUUGAUUUUGUGCCUCCAAUCUUUCCAUCCGGAUAUGAAUCAACACUAAUAAAAAGAAAUAGCAGCUCAAACCAGCAACUAUUGAACUUGAAGGAAAACCUUUCAUCGCUAAAGGGUGACAAAAAGUAUACUUUAAAAGAUCUUUUCACGAAGAAGAAUGUGAACUCUGUCAUCAGUAAAGUAUCCCCGUCCAGGUACUACAGAAACGAUCUGACCAAAAUACUACAAAAGCAGAAGAUGUCAGCUUUAGGAUCAAUAAAAGGGAGGAUAGGAGCUCAUUCCAUGCCAUCGUUAAGAAUUGACAGAAAUAGUAUUGAUACCUCAGAGUUAAACAACAGCCUUGGUAGCAUGAAAAGCCAUAAGAGCAAAAAGAGCAAAAAGAGUCUUAAAGAAAAAGAAGAUUCUAUUUCAAAUUCUCCUAAAUAUAUCCCUGUUAUAAAAAGAAUUUAUCCAGAAGAGAUUCUACAAAAAUGGGAAAACAAAAAGAUGGAACCAUUCACUGAAAGGUUAAACCUCCUUGAAAUGGGAAAGGCAGAUAUAGAGUUAAUGACAAUGGAUGAUCCUUCCGAAUUUGAAGCUAAACUUCUCAAACCAACAUUUUCCCUUCCAAAAAUUCAGAAAAAUAGCAAGGACAAAGCCAGAAUAAAUGAUGUGAAUACUUUCUCUAACAAAGAUUUUGCAUUGAAAGAAGAGUCUAAAAAUACUGACUUGGAGCAUGAAAUAUCACAAGUGAAAAAGUUAAGUUUGAAGCAAUCCAAGACAGUCUUCCAACCAAAGAAAUUUAAAACUUUCAAAGACCCUAUUGAGAUUACUAAAUCAAUCAGUAAAAGACUACCAGAUGAGAUUAUUAGAGAAAAUUUACAAGAAGAGGUAGCUUCAUAUUUUCAGACAGAGAGGAGACAUAUUAAAGAUUCUGAUUUUAUAAAGAAUCUUAAAUUGCAAAAUAACAAAACGAAUAUGGAAAAGGGUCAAAAUAGAUUCAAUAUGAAUUCGAUUAACGAAUCAAUCAGAAAAAGAGUAGAUAAGAAAAAGAAGCCUCAAACAAAAUAAAGAAAUUACCAAGAAUAUUAUGGAAAAGAAAUUAAAAGAAAAUGUUGAUGCAAUUAAGCUUCCAUCAAAAAUUAAAGAAUUGAAUCACAAGAUCAAGAAAGACGAAGGAGUAACCUUUGAUUAUAAGAAGGAACUCAGAAUUCUGAACAGAAAAAUUGAAAAGAAGCAAAUCAAAGUGCAUAUGGACUCUCUGAAAGACCCAAAACUGCUGAAACUCAAAUCUCACAUAGAUCAGACGUAUGAUAGGAAGAGAAGGAAAGAGACAUUUUCGCUUUUGAACAAAUAAACCUAUACUCUCACACGUAUCUUCCUCUUGAUAAGAAAAUAUAUAAAAGAUCUUUAUUUUCAAUGUCUAUCUAGAACCAAAGAACUAAUCGAAUACUUUGAUGUAUAUUUUUAGUUAACCAAGAAU